CCCAUGGACUUUGGAAGCACCUAGCCAGUAGUGCUCGUCCCGUCUACCCCACGUCCAGCUCCAGGCUCGCGGUUGGGAGGAAUAUCCCUGCAACCACCCUAGUACUGGCUAUCGACGUCAUCGGGUGAGCCCGCUAUCACCAUAACGCGACCAACUCCCUCAACUUCUCAAUCUCAUUCUGUAGCUCCUCUUACAGUGGUCUCGAAUAGCCAAACUCACCAUGGGCGCAUUACUAUCGACUCUGUCCCUCCCCAUCGCGUCAAUCUUCGCCAUCCCAAUGCUUUCGAGCUGGUCGACAUCGUUGAAUCUGGUUUUCUUCAGCAUAACAUGGACCACAAUUGCCAUGACCUAUGCGCCUCUGCAGAUUGAGUUCUUUGCUCCGCUGGUCAUUCGGCUACUUCUAUACAUACUACCAGCUGCCCUGUUCCUUCUAUUCGAUCUCUCCGUUCCAAGUCUAGCCGUGGAACUGAAAGCGCAAGGCCAGUACGCGCUUCCUGGACGUGUGGGCCGAAAGAAGCUUUCAAAAGUGGUGGCAUGGAGUUGCUUCAACAUCUUACUGGGUGUCACGAUCCAGGCUGCUAUUGAGUUCCUGGUGACAGACGUCCUACGGCUACGCAGCGUACUUGCGAUCAAAGGUGGCUCUUGGAGCAUGAACCACCUUCCAAGCCCCUGGACGAUGGUAAAGAACAUUAGCGAGGGAUUGGUAUUACGAAAUGUCCUCCAAUACUACAUCCACACGAAGCUCCUCCACUCUCCUUCCAACACUCGUCUGACCUACUGGCACCAGACCUGGUGCCAUAGUAUUCGGACGCCAUUCUCCUUCACUGCCGCCUACGAUCAUCCCGUUUGCUACCUCCUGCACAAAUUCCUUCCCAUUUACCUCCCAGCGGUCAUAUUCCGCUUCCACAUCAUGGCCUACAUACUUCUCCUCUCCAUCUUCUCUCUCGAAGAAGUCUUCACACACUCGGGCUAUAACGUCCUCCCCUCGACGAUCAUGUUACGGGGUAUGGCACGAAGAACGGAUGCGCAUAUGAUGAGCCAAGGGAAAGGCAACUUCGCCCCAGUUGGUGUUCUCGAUUGGGCCCACGGCACCUCUCUUGGAGCUGACGUUAUGGACGACGUUCAAGAGGAGAUGGAGAAACAUGACGUACAGCAACGAGCUGGUAAAGCCGCGAACAAUGUUGGAGGUACCAUCGAUGAUGGUGUAAGCAAGUUGAAAGGCCGAGCGAAACGAGGCAAAGGAAAAAAAUGAGAGACUACAGUGGUCCUGUCCGUUUUCUGGCGGGUCUGAGUGCAAAACACCUUAGCCAUUCCUAUUUGUUUAGAAUGAGUGAUACCCCUUUGGUCUGCGUUUGGCGUGCUUGCUGGUUUGAUUUUACAUCU